AUGGUCCAUCCCAAUUUGGGGCGAGCUUCCCCUGUCUCGGAUCUUUUCUUGCUUCACCUGUGGCUCUCCAAACGAGAUCUCCUCCUCGAAAUUCUCUUGGUUUCACCCUGCUGUCGAAUCUUCGCUUGUAGCGUUGCUUGGUGGCCUCGGCCACGACUAGCGUCGGUCACAAACCUCUUCUACCGUGUCCAAGUUUGUUCGGAGUUCAGCUUCGUUGCUUGCUUCGUCUUCUUCUCCUCCUCUUCUCCGGGAGUUCAGAUUCUUCUUCUCCGAGUAAUUAUUUCCAAAAACCUAUAUCAGGGACUAAAAGAAAAAUUCAAGAAAACAAGUAAGGCAUUUGAUCAAGUGUUCGAUGAAAUCAUCGAGGAGCAUGAAGACCCUUCUUAUAAAGACAAGAGAAAUGUGCACUCUAAGUACUUUGUGGACAUAUUGUUGUCACUUAUGCACCAACCCAUGGAUCAUCAUGAACAAAAGCAUUUCAUUGAUAGAACUAACAUCAAGGCUAUUUUAAUGGAUAUGUUUGCUGCAUCAUUUGACACUUCUGCUGUUGCGAUUGAGUGGGCUAUGUCAGAACUCCUAAGGCACCCAAGGGUGAUGAAGAAACUUCAAGAUGAGUUAACAAAUGUAGUGGGAAUAAAUAGGGUGGUGGAGGAGUCUGACUUAACAAAGUUGUCAUAUUUGAACAUGGUAGUGAAAGAGACCUUACGGUUGUAUCCGGUUGGACCCUUGCUAAUUCCUCGUGAGUCCUUAGAAGAUAUCACAAUUAACGGAUAUUUCAUAAAGAAAAAGUCAAGAAUUUUAAUCAAUGCAUGGACAAUUGGACGAGAUCCUAAGGUUUGGUCAGAUAAUGCUGAGAUAUUUUAUCCAGAGAGAUUUGUGAACAACGAUAUAGAUAUUAGAGGACAUGACUUUCAACUUAUACCAUUUGGUUCUGGCCGCAGAGGAUGUCCUGGGAUACAAUUGGGUCUAAUUACUUUUAGUCUUGUUCUGGCUCAAUUAGUGCAUUGCUUCAAUUGGGAGCUUCCAUCUGGUAUCUCUCCUAAUGACUUAGAUAUGACUGAAAAAUUUGGUCUUUCCUUACCAAGAAGUAAUCACUUGUUAGCAGUACCAUCUUAUCGCCUAUUGAAUACAGCUUAACUGAAGCUUCAAAAUCUUGGGAAAUUAUUUCACCAAUCGAAUAAAGUUUGUAUUUUAUCUCCAUUGUAUUUUUCUUGAUAUGGAUUGGUGAUGUAUGCACUCGACUUCCUUCUUGCUUGAAUUAGAUCAGACCUAGGAGAUUAGGAUGAUCUUGAUGUUUAUGUUUAUGUGGGAAUCAUUGUAAUAUAUUGAUAUUAUCUUAUUACCAAUGAUGGUCUUUAAUGCGUCAUAUACACUUAUGUA